UAGAACUCUGAUUGCUAAAGCACCCUCUCUCUCUCUCUCUCUCUCAAAUCUCGCCGCAAAAUCCUCCUCUCUCUCUCUCUCCUCUCUCAAAAUCUGCGCAUACUCUUAGUUGGGUCACUCUGCCUCCUCCUUAAAUUGCACAAGAGUAGGGCCUAUAGAUAUACAUCCGUAUGCGCACAAGGGUGUUGAGUAUAAGCACACACUGACACAGACGUCCCGUUUAACGGAAUGCUUAGACGCUGCAGAGAGUGAUGACUUCAGGAGUGAAAGAGAUGUUGGGUUUUUUUAGCAGAAAAGAUGUCAGGAAAAUUCUCAAGCGAAAGGAUAGUGACGCUGGCGAUAGAGGUAGAGCACUGGAGGAAUUGCGUGCUUCAGUGUUCAGCAAAUUACGGUCAUUCGGUGGUGCAAAGCGUCAACAGCAAUCCUUGUUGGGGCCCUCUGUUGCUCUCACUUUCAAUUUUUUCGUUUCUGUUAGUAUUAUCUUGAUGAACAAAUUGGUACUAGUGAAUGUUGGGUUUAAUUAUCCUAUUUUCUUAACUUUUAUUCACUAUAUAUUUAGUUGGUUGAUAAUGGCCCUGUUAAAAGCUCUGUCGAUCCUUUCUCUAUCUUCUCCAUCAAAGACAACCAAAUAUUCUUCAUUGUUGUCCCUCGGUAUAGUCAUGUCUCUCUCCACUGGCAUUCUUGGAGCAGCUACAGCUCUUGUUGGUAUGUCAUUCUACACGUACCUUAACUUGCAAUCGCAGCAGUCGGCCAAAAUUUCUUCACGACAACCUCCAUUCUCAAUAUCAAAGUCGAAGCUCGGCAAAGAAAAUGGUGAGAGCCAUGACGGAGGUGGUGGAGACGAGUGUGUCUAG